UGUUUAUAUAUUUGUUAAUAUUUCAUUACGUAUUUGCACUACACUAUAUAUAAUCAGAUGGGAGAUGGAGAGAAGACGAUAAAAUAGUUCCAUUGAAAAAACGAAAAGGAACCCUGAAUAGAUGUGCCAGCAAUGAGACAUUGACGAAGGCGAGGAUGAAAUCGAAGACAAAUAAAAAAUGCUUGCAAGAAAAAGCUGAUCAUGAUGGCAAUUAUUGUCCGAAUAAGAAGAGGGCCAAUGUUAUCUUGGAGGGAUCCCGGUGCAGUCGGGUUAACGGGAGAGGAUGGAGAUGCUGCCAACCGACCCUCGUCGGCUACGCAUUGUGUGAGCAUCAUUUGGGAAAAGGGAGGCUUAGAAGCAUGACCAGUGUUCGCAAAAGCUCUAAGAGUGCACCAAUGGAAGUCCCGUCUUCAACUGAGACUACUCGAUCGAUGUCAUCUAUCUUGUGUGCCUUAGAUGUGGAAGACUCGAAAGGAUUGGAAGAAACUGAAAAUGAUGACGAGAAGAAACGAGUCGAGUUCACGAAGAAGAGAACAAAGGUUGGUAUGGUGAAAGCUAGAUCAAUUAGCAGCUUGCUUGGCCAAAUUGAUAGCAAAAGAUGA